CUCGCGACAUUGGCCGUAGUAGCAUUUGAAGCACUCCUGUCACCUGCCAGCCCACGCAUUGAGCCUGUCGAAGCAGCCGUGUCGAUACCCGCUGGGAGCCAAAAGGACGCCCAAGACCCGCCUUCGUGUCCGUAUACGCCGCUGACGCUUUUUGGUGCGCCGGCCAGGCCACGUCUCGCACACCUCCUUGCGCCGAACCACGCCCGCAACCUCACCACCAUCUGCCCUUGUUUCUUCUGAUGCGCCCUUCAUAGGCCCCUACCAUCCUGGCAGCCGCGGUUCGCCUUCCUUCCUAGUCGUCCACCCACAAUGUCACGCUCGUUUCGACGCUCGAAUCCCAUUACCAUAAUCCUUGCCGGCAUCCUCUGCAUUGGCUUCUUCGUUUUCUUCUUCUCUGGCACCGAUGUGCCGUCAAUCACCAGAAAAGGAGGGGGCGAGGUAGCCUCGAACCCGCUCUCUCCUCCAUCGCUACCGUUCCGCAAGUCCAAAGCGAACGCUCCACAGGCCGCGCCGCCCGUCGUGCACUACUACAUGAACAAUGUGACCAACACGCGCACGCCAAUCGAGAACGAAGAGACGGUCCUCAUCCUCACACCGCUGGCAAAGUUCUACCAGGAGUACUGGGACAACCUCCUCAAGCUCAGCUACCCACACAACCUCAUCUCACUGGGCUUCAUAAUACCAAAGACAAAGGAGGGCAAUGCCGCAUACGCUGCGUUGCAGGCACAAGUCACCAAGACACAGACAGGAUCCAAGAAGAACCGCUUCUCCGCCAUCACUAUCCUCCGUCAGGACACCGAGUCCCCACUCCAGUCGCAAAGCGAGUCCGAGCGUCACAAGAUGGAGAAUCAGAAGGCACGACGGGCGGCUAUGGCCAAGGCGCGCAACUCGCUCCUGUUCACAACCCUGGGCCCCACAACCUCGUGGGUUCUGUGGAUGGAUGCCGACAUCGUCGAGACCCCGCCUACCCUGAUCCAAGAUCUCGCCGACUACGACGUGCCCAUCAUUGUCCCCAACUGCUUCCAGCGAUACUACAACGAAGAAAAGAAGGCUAUGGAUAUUCGGGAAUACGAUUUCAACAACUGGAUCGACAGUCCCACAGCAAAGGAUCUUGCUUCGAAGAUGGGCAAAGAUGAUAUUCUGUUGGAAGGUUAUGCCGAGAUGGCUACCUACCGCAGCCUCAUGGCUAAGAUGCACGAUACGUCUGCGGACCCCAAGGCCAAGAUCAAGCUCGAUGGUGUAGGUGGUGCCACUCUGCUUGUCAAGGCAGAGGUACACCGAGACGGCGCCAUGUUCCCGCCCUUCGCCUUCUACCACCUCAUCGAGACUGAGGGUUUCGCCAAGAUGGCGAACCGAUUGAACUGGGAAAGUUUCGGAUUGCCAAACUACCUUGUGUACCACUACAACGAGUAAGAGGAUUGGAGGCGAUGUACAAUUUAUUUGCAAGCUGCUUCCUUUGGCGGUCUUGGGGCGGCGUUGAGAGGGGCACACUACUGCUACAUUGUUGUUAUCAUGAGCGCUGCAUGUACGAAAUAGUCAUGUAUCAGAGGUAUAGAAGGCUUGCUGGCAAGAGAUUCCUAGGUAUACCAGCAACAUCCUUGAAUUGGAAUAUGAAAGUCUGCACUACGACAGUUU